AUGUCCGCGACCCCCCCGCGUGCCACGAGCGCCUGCACUUCGCUCUCUCUUCCAUGUCUGCGUCCAACGCAAGCACCACGCCCCCAGCGGGAAAUGAACCGCGACGGCAGCAGACCAGAUGCACGCUCCUGGGCCGUCCGGGGCGAGGGUCUCACGGACGCGCCUUCUUCAUCGAUCCCCUGUCAUCGAUCGUUGCGAUUCCACCCCAACCUCCGGGGUAAAGCUCUGCGCUUCUCGCCCGCGGUAUCGCCUCUCCCUUUGCGCCCCUCGCUCGCGUUCGGUUGCGCUUCCCGCCCUGAUAUGGCAUAUCGCAGGCGAUACGAAUCUGCGCGCAAAAUUGAAAUUGGCGAACGUUGCGGUGUUGGACCUUUGCGCUUAUUUUCGCUCACGCGCGCCCUGUGCGGAGCUUUGCAGGGCGCCGUCGCGCGCGCACCUAUAGACUACUCACACGUCCCGAGUUCGCAGCGUGCGCGAGAAGAUGCGGCAGACGCGACGGAUGCUUUGAAGUUCGCGCCCACUCUGCCAGCGCUGCUCGCCGAGAUGGCCUUCCCGCUUUUGGCUCGCGCGAAACUUUGUUUGCACUCAAUCGCGAAGAUAGUCGUUCUUCGUACAGGCUGUGGCCUUACGCGCGCGCACGAUGUUGUGAUGCUUGCUCCCACGUGA